CAAAGGAGGGGUCGCCAUCAUCAUCAUCGUCAUCGUCAUCAUCUUCUGCUUCGUCACUUGGGGCGGGACUAGCAAGCAGCAAGGAGCGACGCAACUUCUCCAAAACUUCAACGCUUAGACCUGUUUGUCCUCCGUCCACGAAAUUUACACACCUCUAAAGGAAGCCGAUCCUCUUCAACCAUGACUCUCGAGGGCGGAAUGAAAUGCGUCAAGUACUUGCUCUUCUUCUUCAACUUCAUCUUCUGGUUAUGUGGCCUGGCAAUGAUUGUGGUGGGAGUCCUGGUUCAGGUGUCCUUACAUCAAACCGUCAAGAUCAGUGACGUGUCGGCUUCAGCAGCGCCCAUCGUCAUCAUCGCCGUCGGUGUGAUCAUUUUCUUCAUCUCCUUCUUCGGCUGCUGCGGCGCCUGGAAGGAGAACUACUGCAUGGUCACCUUGUUUUCCAUCCUUCUGUCAUUGGUCAUCCUUGUUCAGAUUGCGGCGGCGAUCACCGGUUACAUCUUCAGAAACAAAGUGUCUGAUGUAGUCCAGGACAGUCUGGCGGAUAUGAUCAAACGUUACAGCAACAGCUCGGCUGAAUUCAAAGCCAGCGUGGACGGUCUUCAGGCGGACUUGAAGUGCUGCGGCAUCAACGGCUCCUCCGACUGGCGAAACUUCCAGCCCGACGGCAUCUCUGUGCCCGACUCGUGCUGUGUGAACAUGUCUGCCAAUUGCGGCAUUGGCACCAUGAUGGACCCUGCUAAAGUGCACCAAGAGGGUUGUCAUGACGCACUUGAGAAGUUCCUGAAGAAAAAUAUCCUGUGGGUGAUCAUUGCCGCUCUUGUUCUGGCUUUAAUUGAGGUGAUGGGCGUCGUGUUUGCCUGCGUGUUGAUGCGAGGCAUUCGGAGUGGCUAUGAAGUCAUGUGAGUGACUCAUGUGGAAGAUCGCUUCACUUUCCUUUUUGUAGUGCCCAGAACAAUCUUGCAGCCCUUUUAGUGGUUACGUGUUGCAUACGUAGGCAUGCAACAUCCAUUCGACAACACUGUCCACUAUUUCUUGAUGCUUGACGAUUUUGAAUAUAUAUGCUGUUAUGUUAGAAUUUGUGAAGUUUUGUUUUUAAAGCUCGUUGGUUCCCGGUUUGUUUUUAUUAAAGAACCUUUCCAUCCAAA